UAUAUCACUAGUUAUGUAGUAAACCUAACGUUGAGAUACACCGUUAGCCUGUGUGGCUGGCUAACGUGAAGCUUCAACAGCAGACUGACCGAGCAGAUAGUCGAGCGACGUGACACCGGUCGACACUAAGAGUUGUCCAUUCUGAACCGAUGGUCUGGUACCAGCAGGUGUGAAGGUCAGAGGAGGAACGUGUCCGUGCAUGAAGUAGGAAGACACUGCAGCUCAAGAAUAGCUGGGACGUGUAGGUGGAGAUGUUCCGCAGUGUGCUGGGGAAGACUUUCGGGUUUGUGGGCUACACAGUCCAGUAUGGCUGCAUUGCACAUUGUGCCUUCGAAUACAUUGGAGAAUUUGUGGUGUGUUCAGGUCCAUCCAUGGAGCCAACCAUUGUCAACCAUGAUAUUGUCUUCUGUGAGCGGAUGACUCGUCAGCUUUACAAAAUACAAAAGGGUGAUAUAGUAAUUGCAAAGAGUCCAUUUGACCCAAAUAUGAACAUUUGUAAAAGGGUUAUUGGACUGGAGGGUGACAAGGUCUGCACGAGUUCCCCAUCAGAUCUGUUCAAGGCCCACACAUAUGUUCCUAAAGGCCAAGUAUGGCUAGAAGGGGAUAACCUUAGGAAUUCCAAUGACUCAAGGAGCUAUGGCCCAAUUCCUUAUGCCCUCAUCCGAGGGCGUGUUUGCUUAAAGCUCUGGCCUCCGCAUAGUGUUGGAACCCUCAGUGAAAGCCCAACCCGACGGAUCAUUAAGACUCAGAGUGACUCAGACUGACUCAUUCACUUUGUUUGUACCGUGUACGUUACUUUGUUUCCAAUCAUUUUUGAAAAUAAAGCUGAUAUUUAUUUAGA